AUGGGUCGAGGCCAACCUCUACCACCCCCUGGCACACCCCUCCCCAUGCCGGAUCGGAAGAUCUCGGUGACGCCGAUUCCAGUCCCCAAAUGGAUAUCUAAGGCGUCUUCAUCUGUAAUCAGAGAGACCGAAUCCGCUGGCCAGAGCGCAGAGAGCCAUUCGGUACCCCCUCCUCUUCCUAGGAGACGCCAAUUUCAUGGAGAAGUCAUCAUAGAUCCAGGCCUGCUCGUCGUUGCUGCACCUUCGGAGUCCGAGCCAACCUCUCCCACAAACGGUUCUCACAGUACGUUCGGUGGCAUGCCGUUACCGGAUAAUGAUCAACUCCUCGACGGUUCCUCGAACGAUGUUAAUGCCGCAGGCUCCCAAGGCGCAGGUCCAGAUCAAACUCUUGAUAUUGCUGCUGAAGUGUCGAACUUAGAAAGCAAAGCGACGAUUCCAAGCCCCGUGGGCGAUGAUGAUGAUGAAUACUCAGCUUGGACCGACAACAUGGAACUCGGGGAAGGGGAUGCUCCUGCAAAUGGACAACAGGCAUAG